GAGGCGUGCGGCCGACUUCUGUGCUGCGUGCAGAGGCUCUGCAGAAGCAGAAGUGCAGCCGACGAGCCCGCCGAGCAUCGGCUCAACGCUCGCGGUCGUCGAGGAGGGAAAGCGGAGCCGGAGCUGGUGGAGGGUCAGGGUCCCUCGGGCCCGGAGGAUGGAAUGCUCGCUAUGCCCGUCAGCCCGAGUCCCGCAUCCACCUCGUCGCAGGAGGACGCCUGCAAGCCGCCACCGCGUAACUGCUACCGCCUCGUUAUGCUUGGCAGUGCUCGUGUUGGAAAGACCGCCAUUGUAGCACGAUUUCUGUCCAACAAAUUCGAGGAAAGUUACACGCCGACGAUAGAGGAUUUUCACCGGAAACUCUACAGGAUCAGAGGCGAGAUUCACCAGCUUGAUCUGCUGGAUACAAGCGGAAACCAUCCGUUUCCGGCGAUGCGACGAUUGUCCUUUCUGACGGGGGACCUCUUCGUCGUGGUGUUCAGUAUGGACUGUCGGGAGUCCUUCGAGGAAGCCAUCAGGCUGAGGGAGGCGAUCCUCGAGACUAAAGUGAGCGCGACUCAAAGUGCCACGAAGAGCAGGAGGAGCCACUACAGUCUAAAGGUCCCUAUGGUCAUCGUGGGGAAUAAAUGUGAUAAAGAUGUAAAAACGGUCACGGUAGAGGAGGCCGAGCAAUAUUGCGUAAGUCAAGAUGAAUGCUGUAUCUUUGUGGAGGCAUCCGCGAAGCGAAACUAUCACGUGGACGAACUAUUUUAUCAGUUAUUCGUAGUGGCAGGUCUACCUUUGGAGAUGGCUCCGAAUCAUCACAGAAAAGUACCGCUUACCUUUGGCUCGCCGACUAUGUUACCGCCGUCACAGCCGCGGCACAAAGCCACUCUCAGCAUAAAACGUCGGCUGAGCGACGCUUGCGGCGUCGUGGCGCCGAACGUGCGACGUCCCAGCAUAAGGACGGACUUAAUGAUCAUGCGGACGAAAACGUGCUCGCUCGCGGCCGCGAACGAGAACAAUACACCGGGAUCCAGGAUCACGCUUAGAACAGGAAGAAUAGAGUCCAGGAAGGCCUGCACGAUACAGUGAUAUUUCAAACUGUUGUCACGCGCGCGAACAAAUUUCUAGAGAUAUGACAAAUAUGAUAACGCGUUUAAAAGCGAUCUUUGGAAACGAGUAUUACUCUCUAUUUAUAUAAACUUUAUACUCUUGCCUAUUAUAAUUGUGUCCGAGGUGCUAUCUCUGUUUAUUUUAAUUUAACUGUAUAUAUGUAAUUAGCGAUUUUAUUAUUUUUAAGUUUUAAUAAAUAUUGAUCCUUCUCCGAUACUUGUUGCAAGUUGAGAAAAAUAGUGAUAAUUAAAUUUGUGUUAAUAGAAACUUCAUAUAUGCGAUCGAAACUUUCAGGUUUACAAUUAUCAGACCUCACUGUAGUGAUACGCAGAUAACGCGAAGCGAAUACUCGCGAACGAAGAUCGCCAAGGGAAAAUCAUAUUUAAACCGACCACGCUACUCGCCUUAAUUAAUUAACGGAAUAUAGCUUUAGCAUAAUGUCCCGAAGGUAACAUGUAUAAUUAACUUAAGAUGUGAUCGAGCGAGAGAAAUAAGAGAGAGAUUGAAAGGUAAGCUGCUACAUUAAUUAAUCGUCGUCGAUCAAACGCUAAACGGGAAAUCGAUACCUCGAUUAAGGAGGAUAAGAUCGUUUGACAUUUGAUCGGAAGGUUCUCCGAUAACAAUGAGAUGAUUGAGCGAGAGAGAGAGAGAGAAAGAGAGAGAGAGAAAGAGAGUGCGGACAUACUCUUCCUAUUAGAACAAAUUUUUAGCGAAUUCUCGAGAAAAUCUUUACGAUGGAUCGACGAUAGUACAAGAUCGAGAAUUGUCAGCGUUAUGUCGAAUGAGAUUGCGAAAAACGUGAUGAAAAAAGCUUUCUAUCGAAUUGGUUAACUGCGCCCAUCGUAGCCUUAUUCGAGUUCCGACACGCGAAGGAGAACGUUUACACUUCCACAUGAGAUCUAGAACGUUAUUAAUUUUAUUAAUAGCGCUCGAUAAAAGGAAUGAAUAUUUGAUCGUUCUUCCUUCCGUUAAGUUCUUCCGUAUGCAUUUAGCAGAUUUUCGUUAAAGAUAAAUAGCCCUACAAUGUAUUACACUGUACUACGUUUAAGGUAUAUCUCGUGUAUUAUUCGUCAUCUUCGAUUAGCGAGAUCGCAUUGCUAAUGAAACAUGCAUACAAAAUCAAUCGAUAUUUCUAUUAUAUUUCGACUUCCUUUUCUAUACGUCUUAAACUUGUUAAUAUGUGAUAGGUAAAUGUGUGAACAUUUUUCUUCCAUUAAUUGCGUAUGCAUUUGAAAGAUAUACAAUUUAAUCUUUUACAUAUAAUAAUUUAAGUAUAAUCAGAAUAAAAGAAUACAAAACUCAAAUAUGAAAAAUUUAUAUUCGAUUUUAACAACAAUAGAGAAACUAAUUAUAUAUGAAAAAAGCUAACAUGUAACUUUUGUUUUUUUUCUCAAUCAAAUUAUUGAAGAAAGAGCAGGCAUAUUUUUCCGCUGAGCGAAAACCAAGUAUUUAAUGAAUAUGAAUUUGUUGAAAUUGUGUGUGUAUGUGUGCGCGCAUGUAUGUGUGAAAUGUUUUCAUCAUGUUUAAAAAGAAUACAUUUUUCCUGUAUAUGACUCAUUCGAUAGAUGCAUUGGGACGUUAUAGGCAUAUAUAGAUUUGUGAGUAUCCGAGAUAUGGAUAAACAUCUGUUCUCUUUCCAUAAACUCGGUUAUAGUUAAUUCUCUAAGGUACAAUUGACGAUUUGACCAAUUAGACGGCCCGUAAAUUGAUUACAACCGAAAGCAAACCCAAAGCUGCGUUACUGCAAUCGGUAAAAAUAAGAAAAAAAGUGAUUAUAGUCGCGAACAUGUGCGAAUACACUCGCCUUUUUGUAUUAAAUAAAUAACAUUUUCUCCAUGCCUUUUUACGAUUUUUUGAGAUACUUAUAUCCAGUCUUCAAAGAAAAUCGAUGCUAAAAUAUAUGCAUUGGGAUCAGUUUACAAAACGGGACAUGGAUUUAAUGAUUAAACGCUGGUUCUAAUCACCUUGACCGAGAAUUAUAUUUAAACCAGAUUUUCAUCAUUAUCUCUGCGGGUUAUGACUUGUCGAUUAUCGCUUCCGGCAAUUCUAUCUUAUUGGUUUGAUCGAUAACUCUUUAAUCGAAUUUUCUCAGUUAUUAAUUCUGUUUCGAUAUAGCAGAAUAGAUAUAAUCAUUAUAACGAGAUGAAAACGAUACGAACUUAUGCAUUCAUUAAAUUUUCGGAAAACCACCGCGCAUUAUGAUAUUUUUAGCAGAAACACGUGAUCGUGAUUUUAUAAUUGAAAUAAUAAAACAGCAUCACACAA